ACAUGGCAUGUAGCUAAUACUUAGCUAGCUAACUUAGCUAGGUAGCUUUACUUCCAUUCAGUUCAUUGAGCGAGAUGUACGUUCUGCACUUAAAUAUAGUAUAUAAGUAGAUUCGUGUUAAAUUGACACUGGUUAAUUGAAAUAACACUGAUACUUGACGGUUCAUAUGACAGUCACUGGUCAGGUCGACAGCUAACGUCAGCUAGCUCGGUGGUGACAGAAUGGCCUCAUUUGGAUGGAAGAGGAAAGCUGGUGAAAAGGUGUCAAAGUCGGUGGUUCAGCAGUUUGAAGCCCAAGACGAUGCAGGAGGUCACAAUGAGGAUGUGAACUGGCUGCACGCCAUUAAAAGACGAAAGGAGGUCCUGCUGGAGGACUGUGCAGAGAAGAGCAAAAGGCUGAAAGAAGAGGGCUCACAGCUGGCAGAGCAAGGCAGGCACUGGGAGGCCAUUAAGAAGUGGGACGAGGCCAUUCAGCUGACUCCAGAGAACCCACUACUGUAUGAGAUGAAGUCACAGGUGCUGACCGUCCUGCAGGAAGUGUUUCCAGCUGUGCAGGCCGCAGAGAUGGCAGUGAAGCUCCGGCCUGUGUGGUGGGAGGGGUGGCAAACUCUAGGCCGGGCCCAGCUCAACCUGGGAGAGGUGGACCUGGCUCUGAGGUCCUUCCAGGUUGCGAUCCACCUGUGCCCCUCAGAGCGCACCCUGUGGCAGGAGGACUUGGAGUGGGCCCGGAGGCUACAGAAGCAGGAACUGGCAACAAAAGAAAAGACACGACAAGAGGAAGAGACAAAAAGUCAGAUUCUCAAGGCUCCCGAGCUGGAGCAGGACUAUGAUUUUGAGUCGGAUGAGGUGCUGGCGGCCUGCGUGGCUGUGGCCGAGCGACAGAACCGUUACGAGGAGCUGAAGCGGACCGCUGUGGUCAUGGACUCUGAGGGGAAUAUUAAAAAUAUAGUCACCGAGGACGGAGGGUCAGAGGACACGGCGGCCCCUUCGAAGGAACAGUUUGUAAAAGCACGAAGACUUUGAUUAGACUGUUCUGUUCA